ACAAUUAGUUGGGUUAAUUUACCUUGGACCAGACAAUUAACAUGGUGCAACAACAACAACAACAACAACAUGGACAUCGUCAUCAAUCAGAUAGCCCACUUUCACAUGAGAAUUGUAUCGUUGAAGGGACAAACAAAGUUCGUUGUUAUAGCGCCGAAGAGCGAAAAGAGAGAAUCGAAAGAUAUCGUAGCAAAAGAAGCCAAAGAAAUUUCAAUAAGAAGAUCAAGUAUGCAUGUAGGAAGACAUUAGCAGACAGUCGACCACGCAUCAGAGGCCGGUUCGCAAGGAAUGAAGAGAUUGGAGAGAGUUUUCAAACUCAGUGGACCCAAAUGGCUGGAGAGGAAGAUGAAGAAGACGAUUUUGUUUGGACUAAUUUCCUUAAUGCUCUCUCCACAAAUUUCAUCCCCUUAGAUCCUUAGAGAGC